AGUACAGUGAUAUCUUUGGCGUCGUUGAUCAUUAAAUUUACAGCCGAAAACCGUUAGCUGGUGAAUAUGAAAAGUGUUACCGGAAUUUUUUUCCUAUUCUUUUCCGAGUUGACUUUUUAUUCGUAAUUUUUUUUACCAUAAUUUUAGGGAUAUUUUUUUUUUCUUUUUUUCUUCACUGUUUUCGAAAUUUCAAUUUUUAUACUCGACAGAUUUCAUCGCUGUAGCCAAACAUGGGAGAUAUUGCCUUAUGUCAUCCAUCAAACGAAACUUUACCUACAAACGUCACCAGUCCAGAAAUUGUUUUCCUAGAAGCGACGAGAUUUUGGAUUCAACGUGUUCUCACCCCAAUAAUAGUAUUUAUCGGAAUCAUCGGCAAUCUAGUCACCAUAGCAGUUCUAACCCAACGUCGCAUGAAAUCAUCGACCAACACCUACUUGACAGCUUUAGCAGUCACCGAUUUGUUAUAUUUGAUCUGCUUUUUCUUGCUUUCCCUACAACAUUAUUCCGGUAGCGAUGAUUCAAAGUACCAGUUUUAUUGGAGAAUACUGCCGUUCAUUUUUUGGUACAUUGAUGCAAGCAGCGGCACCUCCACCUGGCUAACUGUGUCUUUCACAUUAGAAAGAUACAUUGCAGUAUGUCAACCAUUACGAGGAAGAGUCCUAUGCACCGAAUCUAGAGCCAGGAAGGUAAUAACAUGCGUUACAAUUUUCAAUUUACUGGCCACGAUUACGACGCCGUUCGAAUGGAAAGUAUGUCACAAGAGUGAAAAAAAACUCACGCUGGAUACGACAGAAUUUGGGAACAAUAAUACUUAUAAAGUUAUCUAUUACUGGUUGACGGCUUUCAUUUUCGUUUACAUUCCUUUAGUCUUACUCUGCGUUUUGAAUACGUUACUGGUGGAAGCCGUAAGAAAUAGCAGAAAACAACAGAAUAGUUUAACCCAAAUGAAAAGUGGAAUAAGUAGCAGAGAAAAACAGGAAAAUAAAAUAACAAUGGCUUUAGUAGCGGUUGUAUUACUUUUCAUCAUAUGCCAAAUUCCAACAACCAUAAUGUUAUUGGUAUCGAUAUUUUACUCGCCGCCGGAAAAAAGCGCCGGAUAUUAUUACAAACGCGGAUUGAAUAAUAUCUGUAACUUUUUAAUGUGCAUAAAUACGGCGACGAAUUUCUUAUUAUAUUGCGCUAUGAGUGAUAAAUACAGAAGAACACUCAUCGUUACUUUCUUACCUUGUAUAUCGAGACACCAUAGAGCAUUCACUGUAUCUUCUCUAGCCAGCUAUCGUUCAUCAAUGCGAGGAUCAGUGAGACAACCUCGAGUCUCGUACAUAAUUCCAGAAAAAGAAAAUACCUUGCGGCCGCCCUCCGUCCGAUACUGAAAUGAGGCGACGACCUGCGAAACAGAUCUCUAAAAUUAGAAUGUUGAAUAAAUUUUCACCUGAAGUAUAUGGUGCCUAAACUACCUACUCGUAUACAGCGAUACCUACGCUACUUUUUUUUUCUUAUUUUGGUUAAUAAGUAUGUGUUUGAUGUGUUUAUAUUUAAAAAUGCGAUUGUAUUAAAGAAAACCCCUGUGAAAAUUUAUUACGAAAACAUUAAAAUUAGAAAUACAUUCCAAUACGAACUAGUCAAGUAGAAUUUUGAAUAACUCUCGAGGAUUUGUCAUGUUAAUAUCAAGUUAAAUGUAAAUUUUACGUGGGAGAUUUUACAUGUUAAGCUUUUAUUUUUAUAUGUGUUUAAUUACUGAUGUAAGUUUGAAAAAAUUAUUUUUCUCAAUAAAAUAAAAAUUAUGUGUGAUAUUCUAAA